AUGUGGGAUGCAAUUAUUGUAGAAUAUGGUCUAGAAAAUGUGGGUUGGUUCAAAACCAUGUAUCGGCAUAGGAAGUAUUGGAUACCUGCUUAUUUUUGGGAUUUUUCGCUGGGAUCGAUGAUUAGGACCACAUCUGUUUCCGAGUCUGAAAACAGUUUUUACAAAAUCUUUCUUAAGCCUCGGUUAAAUCUUGCUGAAUUCUAUUUGAGUUUCAAUAAUGCGUUGGAAUCUCAACGUAAUUCUAAUGCAAAGUUGGACUAUGCAGAUUCUACUCUUGUGCCAAUUUUGGCCAUUGACCAACCUUUCGAAAAGCAUGCAUCCACAUUGUAUACCGACUCUAUGUUCAGGAGAGUCCAGGAAGAAAUUGUGGAGGGUUGUAGCAGAUGUCGGAUUGUUAGUAUGUCAUCCGAAGGUGUGAUUGAUUGCUAUAAAGUAGGUGACAGCCACCGAACCACAUUUGUUGUGACGCAUGACAAGACGGACCAGUCUUAUGUGUGCGAAUGCAAGUUGUUUGGCAGGCAUGAGUUUUUGUGCUGCCACAUAUUUUACCUAUUCAAGAACAACGGAUUGAAGGUCAUUCCAGAUAAGUACUCUGAAAGCAGGUGGAUGAAGACGCCAUUGGCAAAGGCUGUACAUGGAUACACGGCUGAUGUGUUUCAAAACACUGAUGCCCAAGAUGAGAAAUUGAUUUUAUCAAAUGAAUUGAUCUCUAUUUUUUUCAGUUGCCUUGCUAGUUGCCAGUCAAAUAUGGAUACAUUGUGCGCUUUUUCUGGUGGUAUGAGAGAUCUGAAGACUAGUAUAGACACUGAUUCUCCACCUAUAUCUGCAGUUGAAAAAAGAAGGAUGGUUGAAGAGUUUUAUGGAAUGGUCAGACCAGAAGUUGUUGAAAUUCACCCUCUUGACGUUAUCCAAACAAAGGGGUCUUGUAGUACAAAUAGCAAGCGUAUAAUUUCAAAGAGGUAG